CUUGGAUUGGUUCGUUUGGUCCAUGUUCGGUGCCGCCGUCUGGCGGCGUGCGCGACGGCCGAUCUCGGUCGUGUGGAUGCCGUGGCUCGAUCCGCUGUGUGCUAUGGUGUCGACUACAGCGACACCAGUCAAAUCAAAGGUGAGGAAGCCGUUGUAUACGCUUGAGAAGCAGCGCCAGUUGCUCGAGGUUGUCCGAGCUGUUCACGAGGAGGCUGGACGGCCAAGCACAAUCUCGAUUAAGGCACGCUUCCGCGUCCCGUUCAGCGAAAAGUACCCGAUUGAACUUCACGGUGCGCGAUUCCCAGUGUCCGAACUACGUAAAGAAAAGCGGGAAGGUCGGUUGGACAUGCAAAUCGUGGCUGGGCUGGACGCGAUCGGGUUCGUAUGGGACUACGACGAAUACCAGUGGCAGCAGACCCAAUUCGCCCUGACCAAAUACAAGGAAAUCCACGGCGACUUGCUAGUGCAUUUCAACUUCGACGUUCCAACUGGCGACGUACAGUGGCCGAGGGAGCUGUGGGCAAAGAAACUCGGUUCCGUCGUCCACCACCUCCGCACGUCCAAGGCGUCACUCUUGUCAGACAAGAAACAAUGGCUCAACGACGUGGGGUUCGUUUGGGACGCGCCAGAGCUGCACUGGAAUGCGAAUCUGUCCGCGUUGAAGACGUACAAGGCAAUCCACGGCCACUUAACUGUUCCGACUCCAUUUAUCGUCCCGCACCAGGACGCGCAGUGGCCGAGAGCGAUGUGGGGCUUAAAGCUAGGCACGGUAGUGUCCAACUUGCGCAACGCGGCCUCUACUUUACUACCACAGAAGCGCGAUGCUCUGAACGAUUUGGGGUUUGUGUGGAGGCUGGUGGAGCGCGGCGUUGGUCCGAGCCCACCUGCGUCGAUCUCGCUCGAUAAACAAACACAAAUCCUGCAAGUCGUCGAAUGUCAGCGCGCCCAGCAGCCCCACACGAAGUUUGUGAACCUUCCCAGUCGAUUCAAAGUGCCCACUACUGCCUCGUGGCCGCGUCACUUGCACAAGUGCGUUGUGGACAUUUCGACCUUUCGACGGGCGUACAACGAGGGCCGUUUACAGCCAUCCAUUGUGCAAGCGCUGGACGCUAUACACUUUGUAUGGAACGACCAAAACCACCAGUGGAACUUGAAACUCGAAGCCCUUGCGAUUUACCGAGCCACGUACCACGACGUGCUCGUGGGUCAAGAUUUUGUAAUUCCCCCUGACGAUUCCACAUGGCCAGUCUACUUGUGGGGCAAAAAGCUUGGUGCUGCCGUGCUCGAUUUCCGCCUCUCUCAGCAGCACCUCUCGCAAGCCCAACGCGACGAGCUGGACGCGAUAGGAUUUGUCUGGGAUGCGAUUGAAGACCAGUGGCAGGUCAACUACGCUGGCCUCGCAACGUACAAAAGCAUCUAUGGCCACCUCCAAGUCCCUCAAGCAUUUGUCGUCCCAGACAACGACCCAAAGUGGCCACCCAAGCUCUGGAACACCCGACUGGCCAGUGUUGUCCACCAUCUCCGCCAUUGCAACCUCGCGAACGAGCGCCGUGACGCGCUGGAUGCGUUGGGAUUUGUGUGGAACCCACUAGAAGUGCAGUGGAAUCGAAACCUCCGUGCGCUCGCAUGGUUCAAAACCAUGCACGGCCAUGUCCGCAUUCCGCGGAAAUUUGUCGUGCCCGACCAAAGCCCGACCUGGCCCCAGGACUUGUGGAACAUGAAGCUAGGCAUGACUGCGUUCAACCUACGCAUUCGAAGUCGACAGGAUGGUUAUCCUGCCAACCGACUGGACCAGUUGUCCCAGCUUGGCCUCAUAGAGCCGAACUAGGCUACGGCGGACACCAUACUUCCAAAACCACGGGCUAGUGGAGGUGCAGCGACCUUUCGUCGAAUGCUCGGGUAUAGACGCUCUAGAUUCCAUUGCGUACUGAGUAGCACAUGAUAAUUAACCUGGCCUACUCGCUCGGUAGAUAAAUGCUCGUUUGCAAGUCCGAGCACAUCGUUCCAA